GCAAGAGUCGGUUUUUUCAAUUUUCUCAAAGAAAAUGCACAAUUUAUCACGAAUUAAUCGUUUAACGAAUCAACCGGGACUUCCAUCACACUCAGAAGGCAAAUCAUAUCGAAAGGAUCUCAAGAAGAUCAGCAAAGUCGAGUUACUUGAAAUUUAUGAGCGGGAAGAAAAGUUGUUAAAAAAUCAAUCGAAACUUGACAAACUUCCCGAUAAAGGUCAAAAGAUUCGAGAAUAUUUCGCCAAAGUAAAAGCUGAAUUGGACAAUCGUAAUGAAAUCGAUAAAGCUGCUGAGCAAUUCUCCAAAUUGAAUAUUGCGUCAAUUGGUCAAAAAGCACUCAAAAAUCUCGAAUGGACAAAAGAUACGAGACUUGAUAAGCCCGAAGUUACAGUCGAUAGCGAUGAUGAACAAGAAGACGACCCGUUGAAAAUCAUCGCAAAAUCAAAUGAAGCGGAAAAAAUUGUCAAAGUAAUUCCUCCGGAAGAGCCUCUCAUAACUGAAGAAGAUCUAAAGGAAAUUGAAUCAUUCAAAAAUGAGGAAAAACCUGCAGUUGUCGAAGUUGUUGGUAUCAAAAAUAAAAAUCGUUUCCAAAAAAUCCUUCAAAAAAUGGAUGAUAAAAUCGUAAGUGACGACAAUGAACUCAACAAAGUUGCUGAAAUUUUAGAACCUCAUGCCAUAUACUUGUGUAACAUCGAACACGAUAAAUCUAAAAGUCCUCGGACGAAAUUUCUGCCAAGCAGAACGACAAAAUCAGAUGUUCAUAAUCCGGAGAGGGAAAAAACACGUAAAGUUCAAAGAAAUUGGGAGCCAACUGCAGCAACGCCUCCCUUAUUGAAACAUGGAGGCGUCAAAACAUUAACUCUCGAGGAAUCUAUUGACGUUCAACGACAACAAAUUGAACAUGUGAAAAAAGUACAAGAGGAACAAGCGAAAGAACGUCUUGCUCAACGUGAAAUACGGGCAAGAGAUAGAAUGUUAGUCGAUAAUUUGGUCAACGAUGCUCCGUUUUUCAGUGAUUAUCGAGAUCCGAAUGAAGAAUCUGAUAGCGAACAAGAGUUCAAUAGCGACGAUGAAGUGCAUGACGAACCAGAAGACAAAGGAGGCGUUAUUUAUGUUGUCGAAGGAAGCUCAUAAAAAAGAAAUCGUGAAACGUACUAAAUAAAAAAAAAUGUUUUU